AAGAGAGCACACUUCAAGAAUCUUCUUCUUUUUUUUUUCUUUCCUCUUUCUCUUUACAGAUAACCUGAGAAAGCUCAGCUCAUCCCUCAAUUCCCAGAUGGGUUUUAUGAAUGUUCUCAAGUUCUCAGCUGCAUGCUUUGAUAUUCUUGCCUGGCCUCUAUUUGCACUGGGUUAUCCUCUAUGUGCUUCAAUUCGGGCAAUUGAGACUAACUCAAUCUCAGACUUUCGGAAGUUGGUGGCGUAUUGGGUUCUAUUUUCCUUGAUUUCACUCUUUGAUCAUGCUUUUUCCAAGCUCCUUGAAUGGGUACCAUUCUGGCCUUACAUAAAGCUGAUGGUCAUCUGCUGGAUGGUGAUACCGCAUUUUGAUGGUUCAUAUUCUGUCUAUCAACACCUAGUUCAUCCAUGCUUGUCCAUGGAUCCACAAGUUGUCAUGAAUUGGCUCUUCAAUGAAUCAAAAAAGAAGUUUCAUAGCAGAGAAACCUUUCUUGUUUCAGCGGACCAAUAUAUUAAGGAGAAUGGACCUGAAGCUUUGGAGAAACUACUUGCUAGGAAGUUGAGGAGCACAAAGCCUAAUGUUGAAGUGAAAGAGAUCAAAGCACCUGCAGCACCGGAGAAAAAAGGGGAACAGUGGAAGUGUGAAGAGCCUAAUGUCGCUCAAAAGGAGAUCCAAGUAGUCAAAGUAACAGAGAUAAAAAAUGGGGGGGAUGGAGCAAAGAGGUGUGAAUGGCCUAAUGCUGCUAAGGAGGAGGUCAAAGUGACAGAAGUAACACAGAGAACAUUUGGUGGUACAGCACAGUGGGUUAAACAAACAGAGAUAAAUCUUGGUGAAACUACAAGUAAUACAACCUGUGCUGUGGAGAUAAAAGAAAGGGCAGCAACACUGGUGGCUGCAGAAAUUGAGGCAUGUAGAGACGAUAGAACCCCCAAGAUACCUCUUCAUGAGAAAGUCCAGAAAGAGUGGGCUUGUGCUGUGUGCCAGUUCACAACCCAAACUGAAGCGACCUUCAAUUCCCACCUUCAAGGGAAGAGACAUCAGGCCAUUUCUGAGCAGCUGAGAGCCAAAAACCAGGCAACCAAAACCAAUUGUUCCCCAUCUGCUUCAAUGGCCAAGAAAUCUGAUCAGUCCACCAAAGAGGAGCAACCGAAGUGUACUUCCAACAAUCUGAAUUCCAAAAACAAUGGAAUCUCAGCUGCUUCAACAGUGAAGAAACUUGAUGAGACCAAAGAUGAUGAGCGACAAAAGUCUGCAUCUAGCAAUGGACCGAACCAGAAGAAUAACAAAAAGCAAGAGGUACAGACCAAUGAGCAAGGCCAUCAGAAGAACUUAAGGCAAACUGGUGAUGGAAUGAAAGAGUUGAGAUCAUGGUGCAAUAUCUGUAAUGUAAGCUGCACAAGGGAGCUUGAAAUGGCCUCUCAUCUCAAUGGAAGGAGGCACUUUGAUAGGAUAAAGCAGCUGUCUGAAUUAUGGUGCAGUAACUGCAAUGUAAGGUGCAGCAGUGAGGUUGAUAUGGCCUCUCACCGAAAUGGGAGGAGGCACUUGGAGCAGCUGAAGGAACGGUUAGGAUUAUGGUGCAGUAUCUGUAGUGUGAGUUGCAACAGCAAGGUGGACAUGGAUUCUCACCUAAAUGGGAAGAGUCACUUGGAUCAGAUCAAGGACCAGUUAAGAUUAUGGUGUGGGGCAUGUAAUGUAACCUGCAAGAGUGAGCGCAACAUGGCCUUUCAUCUGAAUGGGAGGAAGCACUUAGAGAAGAAGGGGGAUACCUGAUUUGCAUGUUUCUUCAGAUUAUUGAUACUUACAAAUGGUUUUAGUUAGAAGCAUACAGGCCAGUGGGUGGUGGUCACAGAUGCCUCUAUUUUGUUGUAUGAAGUAAAAACAGUAUUUCCAUGUCCAUGCCUCUAUUUUUUUUCUGAAUAAAGAUGAAUUUGAUAAUUUCAAUUA